AUCAUUUGCCUAGCUCCACACCACUUGCAAUGAAGAAUUCAAACUUCAUUAUCCUUCUAUCAGUAUAUGCACUUGUACAAGUUCUCAACGUUUCAAAUGCUGAACCCUACGAGUACAUGCAAUUUGUACUCCAGUACCCACCUGGAGUUUGCUAUGACCAAUCAAAAGGUCAUUGCAUCUCACCUCUCCCAACCAAGUUUCAUGUACAUGGAAUAUGGCCUUCUAACUUCUCCAAUACACUUGUCCGUUGUGUGCACGCACUGAGGAAUAACCCCUUUCAUAAGGCGCAGAUAACACCUCUGCAGACCGAUUUGGGAAACUCAUGGCCGUCCGUGUUAACACAAAAAAACAAUAUGCAGUUCUGGGAGCAUGAGUAUAGAGAGCACGGUGCAUGUGCAGUAGAGUCAGGUGUACCACCUUUCACUCAAAGGUCCUACUUUGAGAAAGGACACCAGCUAUGGAACCAAUAUGACAUCCUUGCAGUGCUUCGUCAAAGUGGUAUUAAACCGGGAGGACAGCCCUUGGUUACACACUAAAGGAAGUGAUAAUCUGUCUGGAUCACCAGGCAACAAAUGUGAUCAGUUGCGCGCUCAAUAAUAUUAGAAAAACAGAUUGCCGAGAUCCUUCGGGCAAGGUAUACUAUGUAGCUUAGCUAGCUAUCUGAAUAUGAAUAAGCUCCUCAACUAGUAAUUUACAAUUUACAGUCUGCUCUACGUUUGAGGAUGCAAUCUCGAUCAGCGGUUUCUUGGAUCGAUGUAUUAGUCUAUACUAUUGGUAUUAUCAAAUAAAAGUUCUUUUGUGUACUAAUAAAUAAGUCACUUA